CGCUCUUAGUGUUUUAGGUACUCAAGACACGUCCUUCUGAAUCGAGAUUCGGGUUAGUCGUGUUAAAAGGGAUAGUUACUGCCGCAAAGUGACUGAGUCAUCUUGGAGCUGUCAUUUCAGCACCGAGCAGGCAGGCAGUGAAUACAGUAUCAGGACAACAAAAAUAAUCCGAUGACUAAAGUCUGCCUGCGUUUUGGAUGACUUUGUGAUUGUAACUUCACAUCGCUCUAGAAAAGUAGACUUUAUCUUUUGACCGCUCGUUAAGCCAGCACUAUCAACGAAGGUGAAAUUGUCUUUUGAAAUCGCUCUUAUUUUAUAGCGUGAACCCGGUUUGCAGAAACUCUCCAUCCGUUCAGUAGACUGCGGCCAUUGUUACUCCUCUGGAUUCUUGGCAACUCAUCUCAUCGACGGCAGACGAUGGCAAUGACAAUGGGAAUGUAACAGAAAAAAAUCCCAUUCACCAGCUGAGAACACUGAAGAGCCAGUGCUCCACUCACUGAAGCUCUGCAUGUUAGAUAGAAACUGAAUGCCAGAACCCCAAGCUCAAGGCUCCAAGUGUGGACAGUUGUUCUUACUCUCUGUAUCAUCACGUUCAGCCUGUUAAACGGAGGAAGGCGUUUAACAUUGGAGGAAGGAUGGAUGAUGCGUACAGGGACAGGACUACCCUGAUGAGGGGUGCCAAAGACAUUGCCAAAGAAGUUAAGAAACAAACAAUAAAGAAAGCCAACGUAGGAGCUGACUACGCUCAGGAUGAUUACAGCAAGACUGCUUAUGCUAAUUUUCAAGAUGAUGACGCCUACAACUAUAGCAGAGGGACCUAUGGAAAAGAACCACAAGAGGAUGAGGGUUCAAGCGAUGCUACUGAAGGCCAUGAUGAGGAGGAUGAGAUAUAUGAAGGGGAGUAUCAGGGGAUCCCAGAUACAGGCCAGAGGAAAGAGAACCACGUUGCCAUCGGACAACUUGUCUCGGAUGAGUACAAGGACCGUGAAGAGUUGGAUGCUGAGAGGAGAGCUGAUGAAGAGGAGCUGGCACAACAAUAUGAGUUGAUCAUUCAGGAGUGUGGACAUGGCAGGUUCCAAUGGGCACUGUUCCUUGUGCUGGGAUUGUCUCUCAUGGCUGAUGGAGUGGAGGUGUUUGUGGUGGGGUUCGUCCUGCCAAGUGCUGAGACGGAUAUGUGUGUAGAAAAUUCCAGUACAGGAUGGCUGGGCAGCAUAGUGUAUCUUGGGAUGAUGCUAGGGGCCUUUUUCUGGGGAGGUUUGGCAGACAAGAUGGGCCGUCGACAAGCACUCAUUAUUUGUAUGUCCGUGAAUGGAUUCUUCGCCUUUCUGUCAUCUUUUGUCCAGGGUUACGGCCUCUUCCUCUUCUGCCGAUUCUUUGCUGGAUUUGGGAUUGGAGGAGCAGUCCCAAUUGUGUUUUCCUAUUUUGCUGAGGUGCUGGCCCGGGAGAAGCGGGGUGAGCACUUGAGCUGGCUUUGCAUGUUCUGGAUGAUUGGAGGGAUCUACGCGUCCGCCAUGGCCUGGGCUAUCAUCCCUCACUACGGUUGGAGUUUCAGUAUGGGUUCUGCAUACCAGUUCCACAGCUGGCGAGUGUUUGUCGUUGUCUGCGCUCUUCCCUGUGUCUCCUCAGUUGUGGCACUUACCUUCAUGCCUGAAAGUCCUCGAUAUCUGCUGGAGGUGGGAAAACAUGAUGAGGCCUGGAUGAUUCUGAAACAAAUUCAUGACACGAAUAUGAGAGCAAGGGGACAACCAGAAAAAGUUUUCACAGUUAAUAGAAUCAAGACUCCAAAAUUGAUUGAUGAGUUAAUAGAGAUCCAAACAGACACUGGCACCUGGUAUAUGAGAUGGUUUGUUCGAAUUAAAACUGAAAUGUAUGGAAUUUGGUUGACAUUUAUGAGAUGUUUUGACUAUCCUGUCAAGCGAAACACCAUUCUGCUAGUUGUAGUUUGGACAACCUUGUCAUUUGGUUACUAUGGUCUCUCUGUCUGGUUCCCUGAUGUCAUCAAACACCUUCAGGCUGAUGAGUAUGCAUCCCGGGUGAAAAGGUUUUAUGGAGAAAGAGUUGAAGAUUUUGUGUUCAACUUUACACUGGAAAACCAGAUCCACACAAAUGGAGAGUACAUCAGAGACAGGUUCACCAUCAUGAAGUUUAAAGCAGUAACAUUUGAAGAUUCCCUCUUUAAGAACUGUUAUUUUGAAGACGUGACAUCGUUAUCGACUUAUUUUAAGAACUGCACAUUUACAGAAACCCUUUUCUAUAAUACAGAUCUUGAAGAGUCUAAGUUCAUUGACUGUCAGUUUAUCAAUACCACGUUUCUACACAACAAGAAAGGCUGUCAGAUUAACUUUGAUGAAGACUACAGUGCCUACUGGAUUUACUUUGUCAACUUCCUAGGAACACUAGCAGUGUUGCCGGGCAACAUUGUAUCUGCAUUGCUCAUGGAUAGGAUUGGACGCUUGACAAUGUUAGGUGGUUCGAUGGUCCUGUCUGGGAUCAGCUGCUUUUUCCUGUGGUUUGGGACCAGUGAGGCCAUGAUGAUAGGAAUGCUGUGCCUGUACAAUGGACUGACCAUUUCAGCAUGGAACUCUCUCGAUGUGAUCACUGUAGAACUUCUGCCAACUGACAGGAGAGCCACAGGAUUUGGAUUCUUGAAUGCCCUGUGCAAAGCUGCAACUGUACUUGGAAAUUUAAUUUUUGGUUCCUUGGUCGGUAUAACCAAAUCAAUCCCGAUUCUGUUGGCAUCCACUGUGCUAGUCUGUGGAGGCCUCGUGGGACUCUGGCUCCCUGACACAAGGAACCAGGUGCUCAUGUGAUUAGGUAAAGCCAUCCACUGGAUUUUGUUUGGUGCCCAAUGGCAGUGGUCAAGUGAAACGUUUGGAUAACAAGAUCUGUUGAUUAGACAAACAACCUGUUACACACCAGUACUUCCUCUUUGCUUUCCCAUGACAUUCCAUCCUAUUCAUAUUUUGCUUUCUAGGCUAAACUAAUUUCUACUUAACGUUACGUGUUCAAUAAGGCUGCAGCACGAUUGUUUGAAUGGCUGAGGGACCAACAAGGAACAGAAACAUUAGUCUGACGGUGGGGGUUGGGGGAUAUUUAGCUGGUAUGUAACCACUUUUCCGAUUUAUCCUCCUUUUUAUCGAACUAAGCCAAUUGAAAGUCUUCUGUCACAAUAAAUUAUCAAAUCUGUCAUUUUAGUAAAAUUAUGAGAUAAUGCUCAUGGCAAACGAGGACACAUAGUUCAUCAAGGUGUUUAUAGACUUAUAAUGUAAAAUAAUUCCAUUCCUUUGAUGUUCAUUAAAUCAGUAAGUUGUAUUUUUAAUUAUGUUUUCAAUGGACAAUGUUUUAUUUAGAUAGGAAUAGAGGGGCUUAUGAUGGGAAUGCAGAGUUCAAUCACCAUCAGCAAACCUUCCUGCUAAUGUUAUAUCAUUCGAGACUGCAUAUCAUCUCACGGCUGUAGAUUUCAGUAUUGUGGUGAUUUUGAAUGAGCAUGUUGCCAAUUGUAAGCAGUGUCCCAAAGAAAUGAAAACUGUUGAUUUGUACAGUAUAUUUCCAUUUCCAUGCUCUAAUUACAUAUUUCCCAUUUUCAAACAUAUUUAUUAACAGUAAUACAGAACAUCAAACAUUUUGAUUAAAGUAAGUUAUUUUAGAUUUAUGAGUAAUUAGAAUAAGAUGGUUGCUGUACAAUUGCCAGUACCAUAUUAUGCAAUCCCAGAAAAAUUUAAACUGUAACUGCACUGUAAGUAAUUUUAAGAGAAGAAUAUACAGACAUUAAAAUAAUUACAUCAUUUUACAUAUCUUUCUGUAUGCAAAGGAAUCUUAUUGCGCAUUCUUUUCUUACAUGAAAUGAAUUAUUUAGAAAUUAUCUUUGGUCAAUGGAAAACUAAUUCCAUUGAAGCCAAUGGAAGCAAAUUUAAACGUGCAUUUAUUAUUACUUUAGAUAUCUUCCUUAAUUAUUUUCUAAAAUCAAAGUAUUAAUUAGAACAGUUGAAAAGAAUUGAUUAUGCAACUAAAACCCUAUAGAGUGUCAUUUGAAACCUAAAUGGCCUUUGACCUCAUGUUCAUCUGUAAAAUAUGCAGUGUGCCUCUUGUAGUUUGAAGUAUAUAUAAAAUAUUUCAACUGAGUUUGUAAAUUCAGAGCUGAAUAUGAAUGCAUAACUAUUAGUACAAUUUCAUAAUGGUCCCAACAUGUAUUUCGCAUUUAUUUCCUUCAGAGCUUGGUCUUGUAGUGAAUAGUCAAAAAUAGGCUAGGGAUUUCCUCAGAGCAACUCCUGUACUCCUCUCCUGGCUUUUAAGUAUGACAGAAAGUGCAGAAGCAACUAUGAGGAAAUAUCUGAUCAUAGUAUUGCACUUGUCAAAUUAUGUCAUCUAUUAGCCAUAGUGAACUUGGUUGUCAGGUUUGGACUUUCUCCUUUGAUGCAAUAUUGCUGUAAAUUUUUCCUUGCACACUAUUGCUUUAUGAGAAUUAAAUGUGAAGUUAAAACAGUCUGAUUUUUCGUUAGCAAAAUUGGCAAAUGGGGAUCACUCCAACCCACUAAGUGUACAUUGUUCAUGCCAUUGUAAUGAUAACACCAGUUUCCAGGGCAGGACUAAAUUUUCCUAUUGUUGAUUAUUUUUCUGCACAAUACAACAGGCUGAUUUUUAUUAUCAUAUCAGCUGCCCAUCAAGCGUUCUCUUUUUUAAGUGACUAAUUUUUUUUAAAAACUGCAGGCAUUGGAAAUCUGAAAUACAAACAGGCAUAUUGUACACACUCAGUAGGUCAAGCAGGUGUGGAAAGAGUUUGUUUCAGGUCAAAGACCCUGCAUCGGAACACUUAACAGAAUAGAAAAAGCACAUCUAGGUGCUUCUCAGAAAGCACUUCCAAAGAGAAAUUAAUUGACAGGACCAGUUAAUUUUUUUGGCUGGAAGUUUGAUUUUGGGUGGAAAUUUGAACAUUCCAUUGAAAGGUCUUUAUUUGAAAUGUUAACUUUUGUUAAUCUUUCCACAGAUUUUUCAUGUCAUGCUGAGUGUUUACACAAUUUUUCCUUUUCUCCUUUUUCAUGACAAAGAAUCUGAUUGAGCUGAGAAAGGUUACUGAUCUAAUAUCACCUCUUUUCCAUCUCAGUGAGGUUGCAAGAACUGCCUAUUAACCCAGUCCUUUAUUUAAACUGCAAGAUCAUUGACAGAAAAUUGCUGAUGCAAGCUAUCAGCAGAAUUCUGACGAAUAUAGCUCUCAGCGGGGGAAUGCAACUAAAGGUUCCUGAGAACUAAAAGCAUUCAGCAAGAUAUGGCAACACAACAGCAAAAUAUUACCAGCCACGCAGAAGUGGGUAUUAUUCUUGAAAAUGAUUGGUUUUCAGAAUAUUCGGUUUCUCUAACUUGGAUCCACGUAGACAUUUUGCAAAGAUUCUUCCAAUGAAAAGCAUACUUCUUGUCUUUCCGCUCUUCUUCUCCAUAAUAUGUUAACCUGGUCUGGAUGUGCAUCUCGUGCUUUGAUUGGAAAUGGAUGUUGGAUUUAUCUACAGUUCACUACUGUCAUUUGAAAAUGGGAAUCAAGGGGAAAGUAACCGGUAGUUACGUAAAUACAUUUUGCUGAGCCCGUUGAGGCUUCAGUGGAACAACUUUGCAAAGAUGCAUACAAGUAUUGAUGUGACCUCAUAGCGUGUUUAGCAAAACCAACUGGGAUCAGUUUGAGGCAGACAUCUGCUUGAGUCUGACCUCCAGUGGACAAAAUAAACAUGGCAAUUAAUUGGCUAAUUUCCCAUGUCAUAAAAUACACUCACCUCGCAAAAAAAUUUCCCUACGUAGACAAUAGUUUGCAGUUCAAUAAUUUUUAUAGCAAAUUCACUGUCAAGCUAACUACCUCCUGUCAUUUUUCCCAUCAUUUAUUAAAUAUAUAUUUAAGAUUAAAUAGAAUUUUAAAAAGUACUUUCCCCUAAUUCUUCCUCUUACUAAAUGGUAUGUCUAUUUGCAUGUCUUUCAGACCUUUUGCUAAAGAUUCACUUUCUUGUAAACAUACUUCUGCAGGAUAUGAAUUCUAUUUUUUGUAUUUGGGAUGUAAUUUCUUAAUAACUGUAUCACAGUUCCAGCCUAACCAUUUAAGGAGCUGAAAUAGAUCAAAGCUGUUUGACAAAAUAGGAAUGAUCCCAGAAAUGACACAACAUCCAAAUUUGGAAUUCUCACUUAUGAGUUGCAUAUUCUAUUCUCAUUCUGACCACCAUAUCCAGAAGGUUCAAUCUAAAUACUGUAUUUCCAUUAAAUAUGUGAACCUUCAUUCAUAUUACCAGGUUAAGGUCUUAUGGGAUGAGGAGUUGUCUUCUGAGAAAUUUGACAAUUAUUGCAAAAUUAGCAUUAUUCUGCAUUGUACUAUAUUUUCCUGCCUCUGUGUAAAAACUGGAGUUCUUUUGUCUGUAUCUUUCUAGUGUCUUAGUGUUUUAAAAAUGUGUAAGUGUUUGUAGAUCUAGUAUAUAAAUGUGAAAACUCAUUGUAGUUGUUUCUCGACAUCUGCGAACUUUACUCUAUCUUUGCCAGGGCCAUCGUCAGAAUUUAGUAGGCCAGGGAGAUAAAGCUCUUUAGAAUGACUAUAGCCUAAUAAAUCAACAAUGAAAUGAUUGUAGUGUACAAAUUCAUAACACUCUGUUAUCGGCUCCUAUGGAUUCUAACACAUGAUGCAUACUCUACUAAAUAUCCAUGAGGCAAACUCUUCAUAAAUUGUAUGUAACCUCUUUAGAUUCUUAUAACUUAAAUCAAAUACUAUCUAAUCGGAUAAGUGAAAAAUCCUUUGGGAGUUCUUGGUAUUGCCUAUGCAGGCUUUAUGCCAAAUCUUGUAUAUAUAGAUAGAACCAUGCAAUACUCCCAUAGUCUUAUUAGGACAUUUUCUACAAAUGCAACAGGAUGGAGAAAACAUGUCUGUAGCUCUAACAAAAAAACUUGACUUGUUAAUCAGAAUGCCUCUGUAAAACUAAUCUAAUGUUUGUUGUAAGUAGUUCAGCACAGUCACUUUACAUGCAAUUGCUUGCAUGGUAUCUGGGGUGCAUUUGCUGAUAAAAUGGAUGGCAACUUUUGUACAUUGAUGAAAUGACUUGUUGUGUCUAUCAACACUUUAGUAAUAAGGGUAUAUGUUGUAAUGGAAAUAUUAACAUAAACAGAACAAAACAGACUAAUUGUGCAUCUUUGCUGUGGGGAUAAUGAGAUGUGAUUAACAAAAAUUUGUUACAAAUUCUGAUGCAAAUGAUAACCGAAGAUGUAAAGAGCAAAAUUUUAUCAAAAUAAUGUAUAUUCUGUUUCCUAUACUUUGAGAGAUUGAAUUUAAGCACAUCAACAAAGCUCUAUUAGGAAUAGAUAAUAGUCCAUUGAUAGUUACCACAUAGAUUGUGCCAUUAAAUUUAAUACUUGGAAGAAAUAGAAUCCACCCCCACCCUUUAAAGAAAUUUCAUCCAUCACCAUCCAGUGAUGGUACAAUUGAAUUCAAAACUUGAAGAGGAAUACAGAAAUAGAUGAUCAGUCUUAUCAGGCCUUUGCUAGAUAUACCAGCGCAUUUGAGGGAGUGGCCUCUAAGGAUGAAACAGCUGAAGAAUUGAAACAGAAAGAUAUGUCAAUAUUUUUAGAUAUUAUCAAUGAAAUUGUUUUGGGUGUUCCCAAAAGUGGAGUUCUCCAAGAUUCAGUUCAAGUUUUUUUUCAGUACUAAGGAUAUAUACUUUUUCAUGUUAUUGUGAAGUUUGUCUUUACACCCUUUUACAGACAUGAUGCCACGGUGAUAUGACAUAAAAUUUAGUCUUUUAGAAUAGGUACAACAGAUUACAUUGAAAAGAAAUUAUGAACAUUUUAAAAGAUAAUGUCUGGUGACCUAGAGAUCAAGUUGGUUAUUGCCUCCAGCAAUAGCCUUGCUCUGCAAAGAUUUAGUUUAACCUUGACUGAAGCUGACAAAUGUUGUUCUAUUUUAUGGUCAAUGAUGGAUGAGGUUGCAACAUGCAUAAUCCUUGUAUUCUUUCUCAUGAUAUAAUAUUAAAGAAAAACAAGAACUUAAAUAUAACCUACUUAAAUUAUAUUUAAAUAGGUACAGGACAGGACAGAAACAAAGUAGAUGAUGUAAGGGGCUCAUGAAUAACAAUUUUAAAAAUGCUGUAUUUGACUCUCCUGUUCUUAAUGUUGGCGAUGUCCCUGACAUUUAAGUCUCCACAUCUAUCCAUAGUAAAGUUUUGGAAAAAAAACAGAAACACCCCCAGUCAACAACUCUAUAUGCUUGCUAUUGUGUGUCAGCUGAUUGUGUACGACUCUCUAAUUUUUUUCCCUGUUAAUGUUAUCCAAAAACUGAGAUGCACAUUGCCUGUACGCUGCAAUGAAUCAAUGGGAUUUCAGCGCACUGGGACGACAGUGUGUUAAUCAUAAAUAUCAUAAGCUGUGUCAAAACUUGUGAAAGGGCAUGUCAAAUGUAGAAUGACUGUAUGUACAGUGUAAAUUCAAAAAUGUGGGACUGUGUAUAAAAACAAUUGCCAAAUAAAUAUCAGUGAUGUCAUGAAUAAAAAGAUUAAACUUGAGCCAUAUGGAAGGAAGAGCACUUUUGCUCUAUGGUAUUAAAAUAAAUA